UCCUCUUCUGCUGUAGGAUGGGACACUGGCUCCUGCCCCUGUGAACAAAGCUAGCACCUGAGCUUUCUGUGGGGAUGCCUGUCAACCUCCACAAGUCAAACUCUUUGGAGAUGGACUCUGACAUGUCACCUAGCUGCAGACUCAGUGACCUGAGCAGAGGAGGGAGUUUGGAGAGCCGGAGCAGCAGUUCUCGGUCCAGAAGUUUCACUCUGGAUGAUGAAAGCCUCAAGUACCUCACACAUGAGGAAAAAGAUGUCAUCCUGUUCUUUGAAGAGACUCUGGAUUCCCUGGAAGAUGACUUGGAGGAGCCUGUGUGUGACAGUGGCAUUCAUUGCCAAUCUCCACAGUCUCUGGAAGACAGCCCAUCCAGUCACUCUGAGCCUGAAGAGGUCAUCGAUUUAGUGCAGCCUGGUCCUGCGGCCGGGGAAACAGGUUGCCUUCCAGAACUGUCUCACAGUACAGAGGCUGGAUCUGUUGGGAAAGAGGAUGAUCCUAUCCUUGAAGGUGGGAAGCAAAAUGCUGCGAAGUCCCUGCUGCCAGAAUCCACCAACCCAGAGGCCAUUCCUCUGCCUCCUCUGUCCGCACCUGGUGCCCCAGCCCAUCCCAGGAAGGAGCUGCUCCCUCCUUCUCCUCCAGCAGAGCACCCAAAGCUCCUGCGCUCUGUCCCCACUCCUCUUGUGAUUGCUCAGAAAAUUUCUGAGAAGUUGGCGGGCAGUGAAGCCCUUUCCCCCACAUUCCCCUCUAAAGAAGGCAGGCCAGGAGAAUGGAGGACACUGGCUUCUCUGGCCCCUCGGAAUGGGGACCACUUCCUGUGGCACAGACACGCAGCACAGCCCCCACCCAAGAUUCACCGCUUCCCCAGCAACAUCAGUGUGACCAACAGCUCAGGGAAAGAAUUCAAUAAGACCAUCUCGAAGGCAGCUGUCAACGUUCAGGAGCGGAAAGCCCAGGUCCUGGCAAACAUCAAUGGCAUCUCCUUCCUCACCCCAGGAGACACAGAAGACCAGUCACAGAAGAGUGACCUCCCAGAGCAGAGGUGUGUCUGUCCAGAUCAGACAGCAUAUGCCCAGAGUGCCCUAGGCCUGGCCACUGAGGACGCAGGCCCCCGAGCAGCAGGGCUGUCCAGCGGUCAGCAGUCCAAAGGUGUGCAGACAGAACAGCCCCCUGCGCUGGCCAAUGGUUUCCAGAGUAUCCAUGAGGCCCUCCGCAGUGAGCCCAGUCCCUUUGUGUCCACCGGAAAGACCAUCACCUUCCGCCCAGACCCCACUCUUGCCAGCAGACUGGCCCGCCAGAAUGCCAGCAGGAGCAUGUACGAGCCCCAGCAGCCAGACAGUAGCCAGGAACCCCGGAGGCGGGGGGGCUCUCUCCCCAGAGCAGUGGGCUUCAGACCCCAGGGCAUCACUGUACAGUUCUCUGGCCGUGGCUCCACAGAGGAAGCACGGCGGGAGGCCCUCCGCAAGCUUGGGCUGCUGAAGGAGAACUUGUGAUGGGGACUGUGUCCCAGGAAGCUAUAGGAGUGAUGCCUGGCCGAGGCUGGCAGAACGGCUGGAAUAUACCUGGUUUUCCCCUCCUUAAAGAGAGGGUGAAAUGAAACACUAUUGUUGGUAUAGGGUUGUCUUGUACUGUAAGUCCAGGAGCUAGUUGAUACAAAACGCACGAGCCUUCAUCUCAAAUGCUGUGCCCAGUACAGGAAAGAGCCCAGUGGCUGGCAUCAGGAGUCCCACAAUGAGCAGGUCCUCUUCUGUGAAAAAGAAACCAUGCCACAGCUUGUCUUUUUUCAGAAGUCCAAGAGAAUAACCUUUAACACCUGUUGGCUUCCACAAUUUGCUAGUGUGGUAUGUUUUUAGAUUCAGGAAGAGGGAGAGUGACCCAAUUUGUCACUCUUGAGCCUUGCUCUGACUUCCAUCCCAAGUACGUGAUGUGAAAGCCAUUUUAGAUUGCUACUCAGGAUUUUCCCCCCUUAUUUUCUAUAAAAGUAAAAAAUGUGUAAGUUUUUAUACUGUCAUGAUAUCGUUUUGGCUGUUUGGUUUUAAAGGCUGAAAGAUGGUACUUUGCCCCUAAGUAUGCUUUUGUUUCUCGAUGUAAUUUGAUUUGCCCACUAUGUUAAUUGAAAAAUGAAAAUGAAACCUUUAGAGUAUCAUUUACUGUAAUUUUGAAUUAUAAGAGUAUAAUAGAAAGGUUGAGUUGGGAAAAAGUGAUAAUUUUGAGAAAGCAAGUUUCAUCAGAUUGCAGUCUGUUUUCCUAUAUCAUGUAUAUGAGUCUGUGCAGUGUGUGUCUAUAUAUAUAUAAUGUGUCUUAUCGUAUACAUAGGUAUUGUGUGUUUGGUGUGCAUGUAUUAUAUACAUAGAAACUUCCAAAAACCCAAUUAAAUAACUACAGGAUAUGAGCACUUCCUAUUCUAAAGCCAUCUCAGCAUUGUGAUGAAUGACACAAGAAAUUAUGUCCCAAUAAGGAAGUCUUUUUAAGGCCACAAGUAUGUGUGCAAACAUGGGUUUUCCUCAACAAUGUAUUCUUCUGUUCCCAGUUAAUGUUCCCUGAUUCCAUUACCUUUUUUUUUUUCCCCCAGUACUGGAGAUUGAACUCCAGACCCUG